AUGGCGUCCGUUUUACGCUGGGAUCGUCUCGGUGUGAUGUUGCUGUUGAUGGAUGCCUUACUUCUCAACGGAGUGCUAUCCAUGAAUGUGGUUGGGAAACCUGCCACUCAGAGCUCAACUGUUCCAGAUUACCUCGGCGGAAACUUUGACGCAGGGAAGGCUGUGGAUGGAAAUUUCAACACUCUUUCGCAUACGGAGAAGGAAUCAAACCCGUGGUGGCGAUUGGACUUGGAGGCUGUCUACUGCUUGGAGAAAAUAACUAUCAUCAACAGAAUGGACGAAUGGUAUGACCGUUUGGACGGCGCUGAAGUACGUGCCGGAAUGAGUCCAGAUCGUUUACCGAACAGACUGAUAGGAACAGUUGAUUUCGGCAUGACCGGCGGUGCGGGGAUGGUUACUACAUUGAUAGCUGACCCUGUGGUCUCUGCUCGCUACGUGAGGGUGGACCUUCGCGGUGACAAUAAAGUCCUUCAUAUGACGCAAGUCAUGGUUGGAGAAUUCGUAGAUGAAGAAGCUCUUGCGUCAACUGCAAUUACCCUAAGCGGAAGCUUGACCUCUCAAAGCUCCAAAUACAACCAAUGGAGUGCUGAUCGAGCGGUGGACAGAGCUUUUAUCUACGAUGAUCCUCAUUGCAGCCAGACAGAUGAAGAAGAAAAUCCAUGGUGGAAAAUUGACCUGGUGUUUGCGCAGUGUGUCAGAAAGGUGACAGUCAAGAGCUGGGAUGCUACCCUUGUACACGAGAGAACACGUUUUGAGGAUGCUGUUGUUCGAGCCGGUACAAGUAAUGAGCCGAUCACAGAUAACCCAAUGUGUGGAAGUCCAGUUACCACAUACCAAGCCGUAGCCAAUAACUGGAUGGAGUUUGACUGCAAUCCACCCGAUGGACUGACUGCUCGAUACGUCAGCAUCGAUAUUCCACGCCGGACGUACCUCGCAUUAUGUGAGGUAGUUGUGUUACCGUGUGAUCUUCCAACAGUUGAUUUUACUCUCGUCGCUAAUCCUGCUGUCACACACCUGACUACAACGAGCGAUGUCGUCCUGACAGCAUACAAAGGUCCCAAUGACAUACCUGCUGGUGUCACAUUUGGCCGUCAGUUGGCAACAGGUGGAAUGGAUGGACUUACUUCCGGUUCAGCCGAAGAAGAUGAGCCAUCAUUACAAUGCACUGCGAGAUCGCUUCGACUACCUGCUGAGGAUGGGGGUGACAGAGUCGGCGUCUUCUACUUUGAGGCAUCUAGAAACGGCAUUAUGACAAGAAUCCAAACCGUUCUUGUGCCCAAAGAUGGAAACGUUCAGAUACGGGCACUUGAGAGAACUCAGGUAGCAAAUGUCGGAGACUCAGUUCGACUGGAGAUGCGCGAUGUGAAUGCACCAAACACCAACUACAGAUGGCGGCAUAAUGGUGGUGACGUCAUCACAUUUUGGGAUGACCAGCUCAGUGUGUCUAUUGAUGAUGUUGCUGUGAGUGAUGGAGGAGUCUACAGCUGCUUUGUAUCUGGCCAGGAGGAUCAACAACUGCAUGGCAACAUGAGACUCAUUGUACGAGGUUGUUCCUCAGGAAAGUGGGGGUCUCCUUCCUGUCUCAAUGUCUGUCGUCGAUGCUACAACGGAGGCGUUUGUGAUGACAAGACUGGAUCUUGUAUCUGUGCUCCGGGCUUCAGUGGAGAACAAUGUGAACAAGCACGCGGUCGCAAUGUCUUCGGUAAAAAUGGUGCUCAUAAAUGCUCUGAUAGCACUGAUCCACACGAUGACGCUUGCCGGGGUCGUUUGUUUUGUCUUCCUGAUCCUUACGGAUGUUCGUGUGCUGCAGGAUUCACUGGACUAGACUGCACGCAAGAAUGCGCCGAGGGGAAGUAUGGAGUUGACUGCAAGCAGACGUGUCACUGUGUUCCUGGGUACACCUGCAGCAAAGAUACAGGGGAAUGCAGCAAUGGUGUUUGUGACUCAUCAUACUUUGGAAAUAACUGUCAAUGCUCGAAUAUGGAAGCUUUUACAGGAGAGGUGAAAUCUACAUCCAUCACGCAACGCAGCCUUGGUUUCUCCUGGAGUGAGCCAAAAUGUGGAGGUCAGACAGUUUCGCCCGUCACCGGAUACCGAUACACACUGACUGGGAGAGUGUCCGGACAACAAGCAUCACUUGUAUUCAAUACUACGGAAACCUCCGUUUCAUUAGAUGAGCUGAUACCGUAUGUUGAUUACAGUUUCCAAGUUGCAGCUAACACCAGUGACGGGACGGGGACGUACAGUGAAGGCGUGGUUGUCAGGACAGCAGAAGCAGAACCUACAGUCCCUUUGAAUGUCACCAUCCAGAAUGUCAGCGAAGAUUCCAUCACGAUUGGCUGGACGAAACCUGAUCCUCCACAAGGGAAAAUCACAGCUUACGAGAUUGCUUGGACAUUGGGAGAUGGAACACCAGCAAUGGAAGAUGUCGGCAUUUUCAUGACUCACAGGAUCAGUGGUCUUCAACUGAAUCUCACUUACGAUGUUCAGGUGAGAGCGAAGACGGUGAUGGGGUCAGGUCCUUGGAGCGAAGUCAUAAAUGUGACAGCUGUUGGAGUUCCGGGACCAUUACAGAACCUUCGCUGGACAAAUCGAACUGAAGAGGCGGUUACAUUGGAUUGGAAACCCCCGAUCAGCCCUAAAGGACCAAUAAUUGGUUAUGUUCUACAAUACAGGGCAAUGGAAAGACCUUAUCAACCAGAUUUCACUCCAACGGAUACUUUCAUCGAAAAGGAGACGGCCGGCGCUCCAUUUGUACAGGACAAUCUCGAACCAAGUACGAAGUACGAAUUCAUCGUUUCAGCUGAAAACCUGUGGAAUGUGGGCGAGUCACAACUCUUGCAAGUUUACACUAAACCACCUAAAGACAUACCAGCACCAUCACAGCCGAAGGCAUUCGCAGACGAGACGACAGACCUUACAGUGACAAUUGGUCUUACAACCCUUACUUCUGGUGGAAAGUACAUAGAAUCAUAUAUCGUACAUGUGAAGAAGUCCGACUCCCCAUCUGUGAAGAAAAGGCAGGUGCUGUUUCCCAAUCAUUUUGAGGACUCAACAGAUUAUAUAGCAGCAGAAAUGCCUAAAGACAGCGUUCCUGACAAGUUUACAGUCGGUGAUGAGAACGUGUAUGGAGGCUACUUCAAUGCACCGCUAAAUCCAGGCUUUGUCUACACAAUCCGUGUCGGCUCAGUCUGCAGGGGAAUUGAGACGGAAGCCUCGGUGACUUUUUCGGAGCCCAUCACAGUAGAAACUUUACAAGGUACAACCAAUGCCCAGAACAAUGGACCAGUCAUUGCAACUAUCGUUCUCGGGGUCCUGUUAGCUGUUGCUGUUGCUGUCAUCAUCGGCUGCGCAGUGUUGAGGAAACGAGACCGAGACAGUGCUUCAACGAAGCUGCUUGACGAUCAAGAAAUUGAACUUUCUGCUGUCCGGCACGGCAUUACGUCAGCAAUCGCAGAAAACGACAUUGAAAAAGACAUAUACGAGGACUUGGGUUUACCAGCCUGGGCCAGGGGUCUUGAAAUCCAAUGGCAGAACCUCACGGUUGAGGACAAAGUUGUUGGCAAGGGAAAAUUCGGAGAAGUGAGAGCAGGUCGUCUCAAAAGCAAAGGAGGAUUGACUAGAGUAGCCAUCAAAACUCUCAAAGAGACUGCAACAACGACUGCAUCCGAGUACGUCCUGGCCGAGUUCAAGACAAUGGCUCGAAUCAAGUCACACCCUAACGUAGUUGCUCUAAUGGGCGCGUGUAUGCACGAAGCGAAUUUGUACGUCGCUCUUGAAUAUCUCCCCAACGGCAACCUGCGUGACUACCUGAGGAGUACUCGCCCCAAGCAGCAGGUGGCAAUGAAGUCGGAUGAUGGGAUAUUACCGCUGACUUCCUCCAACUUACUGACAUUCGGCAUAGAUAUAGCCAGAGGAAUGGAUCACCUCUCUGACAAUGGAAUAAUUCACCGUGACUUAGCUGCGAGGAACAUACUUCUUGGAGAAGACUUGACUGCCAAGAUUUCCGAUUUCGGCCUAUCUCGGGGAGAGGACAUCUAUGUUCAGAAAUCGCAGACCCGAGUCCCUUUCCGCUGGUUGGCCAUCGAGUCUUUGACGCGCCAGGUAUUCCAAUCUAAGAGCGACGUGUGGUCUUUCGGGGUCGUGCUGUGGGAGAUAGCCACAUUUGGAGCGACGCCCUAUCCGGGAAUUCAGAGCAAGUUGUUGGCCGAACGAUUGCAGGAAGGCUACCGAAUGCCCAAGCCGGAAAACUGUGCCGAUGAAAUCUACGAUCUGAUGAUGAAGUGUUGGCAACCACAACCCAGCCAUCGCCCCAGCUUCAAAGAAAUUACGGAGGCGCUCGAGAACAUGAACGAUCCAUCACAUGAGAACAUCUACAUGGCACCUCAUAUCUACGAGAUUCACGUGAUCAAGCCAGAGUUUGACGAUAACUAG